AUGGCCACCAACAGCGCCCCUGUUCAGGGUAUGCUCUGGGGUGGGCGCUUUACAGGCGGUAUUGAUCCCCUUAUGCACCAGUAUAACGAGAGUAUUUCCAUCGAUAAGGUCCUCUACAAGGAAGACAUCCUUGGCAGUAUUGCCUUCGCCCGUGCCAACGCCAAGAGUGGCAUUAUCUCUGACGACGAGUUCGUCAAGAUUGAACAUGGUCUCCGAGAAGUGAUGAAGGAGUGGGAGGCAGGCACCUUUGAGAUUAAGCCUAAUGAUGAGGACAUUCAUACUGCGAACGAGCGUCGGCUAUGUGAAAUUAUUGGCAAAGAGAUUGGGGGCAAGUUGCACACCGGUCGUAGCCGAAAUGAGCAAGUUGUCGUUGAUAUGCGAAUGUGGUUGCGCGAGCGCAUUCGUGAGAUUGAAAGCCAUCUCAUUUCUUUACUACAGGUUGUGGUAGCCCGUGCUGAGGCUGAUAUUGAUCACAUCAUGCCUGGGUACACGCAUUUGCAACGAGCCAUGGCAGUCAGAUUUUCGCAUUGGCUCCUGUCAUACGGGUUCAACUUUGCAACUGACUUGGAGCGUUUAAGGGAGGUCUCGAAGCGCAUCAACAGGAGCCCACUCGGUGCUGGUGCACUUGCUGGUAAUGCCUUUGGUAUUGAUCGCCAGAUGAUGGCAAAGGAGCUUGGCUUCGAAGGUAUCACGUACAAUUCCAUGCAAUCCGUCAGUGACCGAGACUUCGUCACCGAGUUCCUGAUGUGGGGCACUAUGUUCAUGGGACAUCUCUCACGAUGGAGUGAGGACUUGAUCUUGUACUCAAGUUCCGAAUUCUCGUUCAUCACUAUUGCCGAUGCCUACAGUACGGGCAGCAGCUUGAUGCCGCAAAAGAAGAACCCAGAUGCGGCCGAGUUGCUCAGGGGCAAGGCAGGCACGUCUUUCGGUCAUCUAGCUGGUCUUUUCUGCACGACCAAGGGCUUGCCAAGCACAUAUAACAAGGAUUAUCAGGAGAGCCUCCAGGCGAUGAUAAGUCAUGUCAAAACUGUCUCUGACAGUGUACAGAUCGCAAAUGGCAUCCUUAGCACACUUACUCUGCGACCUGAGCGGAUGCUAGCUUCACUGGAUCCAUCCAUGAUUGCCACGGAUAUUGCCGAUGCAUUGGUCAGAAUUGGCGUGCCCUUCCGCGAGACACAUCAUAUUUCUGGACGAGUGGUAGCAAAGAGUGAGGAGCUAGGUAUUCCGAUGGAUAAGCUCUCACUCGAGCAGAUGAAGGCUAUCGAUGGGCGAUUCCCGGAUGAUAUUAUGGAUGCGUUUAAUUAUGAAGCUAGUGUUGAGUCACGCUCUGCUCAAGGUGGUACUAGCCGAGCAGGUGUGCUGGAGCAGAUCCAGGUUCUCAAGGCUAUGCUGGAAUAG